UUGGCUGAACUUUUGCUGACCAUUGUUGACGGACGUUAGCUGCAUUUUUUCUGCUAUAAAACUGGCCACAGUACAGCCAAGAGAUCAGUUCAGAACAAGAGUUCAUUAAGAGCGCAACAAAGCAACACACAAUUAGCAAAAUGAAAUUCGCCAUCGCCGUUGUCUUCACCCUGGCCCUCGCCAUGGGCGUGCAGUCGUCGGUCAUUCCGUUGAUCUCUCAGCUGGCUGGCCAUGGCCUGUCCUAUACGGCCGUUGCCAAUCCCGUGCUGGCUGCUCAUUGGGGCGUACCUGCUGCUCACUGGCCCGCCGCCGUCUCCGUUGGCUCCUGGCCGCCUUCAGCCCAUGGACCUGCUCUGAUCGCUGGUCACGGAGCCGCCGUGGUGGCUUCGCAUGCGCCCGCUGUGGUUGUCGCACCCGUUGCCCACGAGGGCGUCUAUACCGCACAGACCCGUGGCGCCGUCCACACCGCUCCGCUGUCCGGCCACAUUCAGUCCGUGGCUUCGAUCAAUGCUGCUCCCGCUCCCGGCACCAUCUAAUUACGGAUUUUUUGUC